GGCGCAGAUACGACAUCAGCGGAGCGUGAAGCGGCAUCGACAUGAGCAGCACCCUCGAGCGCCAGCAACUCGAAGAGGCGAGUCGGUCGCUGCACAUUGCGAUUGAGAAAAGCCAGUUGCUCCAAAAGCUCGUUCGGAUCAGUCCCCACUACCGUGACAUUGCCAUCGACGAUGCCCGGCUACACGAGGCCAACUGCGUUGUGGCGUUGGCAUCUGUGAAGCGACUUCUCUCUGCCUUUGCCGCCGACCCUGCGAAGCGAGUGGCCGCCAUGGCCGAAGUCGACGAACUGCUCUCGACGGCCGACGACGCCUACAACGAAAUCCGCACGGUGCGGUCAGACGAGUGCAAGCGAGGGCAUGGCAAUGUGCUCCGCGAACGGGGCACCAUCUAUUUUCACGCCACCGACUUUAGCCGCGCCGAGGCGGCGUGGACCGCGUCGUGUCGGUGUUUUGAAGAGCUUGGGGAUGCGUCGGCGGCCAGCGAGCUCCUCAAGAAACUCGAGAAGCUGCGCCACGUGCGCGAUGUCAAUGCGUAUGCACAACAGCUCGUCGAGCGCACGACGGAAAACCACGAACGCGACGCGCUGCUCAAGGCGUUUGCGACCUUUGAUCGGGACCACUCGGGUGAAAUUGAUACGGCCGAGUUCGCUGCGCUCUCGGUCGAGCUCGGAACGUUCCCCGCGCUGUCGCCGGACGAAGUCAAGGAGGCUUUUGCCCAGCUCGACACGUCGGCCAACCAGAAAAUCUCGUUUGGCGAGUUCUGGACGUGGUGGUGCACGGACGAGGUCCAGGCGUACGCCCAAAAACACAAGUCGCAGCGUAAAUAA